AUGAACACUCCAACCAAUUCUCCGCUUGACAACUCACAAUCACCGCCCGACAAUCCACAUGGAACACUCGAAGAACUUGCCCAAGGCUACCUGAACUCGAUAGAAUCUCAACGUGUCAUUGCGAACGCGAGUAUGCACCACAUUCAAUCCCUCAAGAAUGCCCUUGCUGGUGCACAAGACGAGCUUUCAAAAGCGAACGAAGCGACUGCUAAGGCUAAGGCUGAGUGUGAGGAGGCGAGAAAGGAGGUCUGGAAGCAGGCAGAUGCGGCAAGAGUAGAGCGUGAAGAAGCAAGGAACGACAUUCGCAAAGCCCACGAAGAGGCAGACAAGAAGGUCGAACGCAUGCGAGCUCAAGUCGACGAACUUCAAUCCAAACUCCAGGCAACACAUGCGGAACUUCGCGAUUUUGACUGGCUUGGUGCUAAAUACGCGGCGCUGAAAGAGCAGUAUGCUGUAGCGCAGGACGAACUCAAGGAAUACAGAAGACAGUCUUUGCCCAGAGUCCGCUCCCCCAUCUUGUCUCCAUUGCAAUUCCCAUUACCUGCGCGUCCUACCAGUCAGAUGUCUGACGUUGUCAGGCUCGAGCGAUCCACAUACGAUCGCCCAGCUCCCAAGACUCCAAACUAUAGCUAUUCUCGGUCAAGCACGACACCCUUGACCUCCGAAAAGUCCAAAGACCCGCGCAUCCGUGAUCAAGACUGCGUAUUCACGCCUCGCACGGUCGAUGUCGAAAUGGCCUUUGACUAUGAACCCAACGCGAAGCUAGGACCAGAAACUGUUGAGGUCCAAUAUUUGGCAAUCUCACUGUCUUUUCUUUAA